AUGACUCUCGGAUUCUCGGUUGGCGAGUUCCUAAAACUCGGCAAGGAGACUUGGAAACUCUACCAGGCAUGUUUCAAUGCACCGGAGGUUUUCAGCAGCGCUGCAGACCAAUGCUUUGGUAUACAUGCUGCCAUCGAGCAAACUCAGAGAUAUCUUUACAAGCUGAAUACGAACUAUGACCAUGAUCAUCAGGACCGGGAAAUCUAUGUGAAGCUUGCGAUGAUGACCGCAAAUUGUCGUCGCACCUUAUCUCGAUUGGAGAAGAUUCUGAAGAAAUCGAAGGGUAUCGGAGCCUCCGGACAUAAUGUCUGGGAUACCACCAUGUUUGCAUUGCGAGGCACGAAGGAAGACUUGGCGGAGAUUAGGUCCGAGCUUUCUUCUCACAUGGCUGCUAUCUCACUUUUUCUUCAGAGCGUUCACUACCAGAGAGAUGAAGGGACACCGAUGAAAGGAUUACCAGGAAAGUCGGAGGAGAUCCAGGCUCGUCCUAGCAAUUUUCAGUCUGACGGACAUGGAACGCAAUCCCCACAUGUGCCAUAUUCUUCCGCCUCUUUGAAUAGUGCAUUGCAAGCGAGAAAGAAAAUUUUGCAAGAAAGCUUCUCCUUGGAUCAAGAUUGGCGAAAUCAAAUCCGCCUCUUAACCGCUGCGGAGCAAUCUAGCCGUGUAGCGAUGAACUCAGAUGCAACAUACAGUGGUGAAGAAGAGUGGUUGAGCAAGCUCCCGGAAGGCUGGCAACGAAUCUGGCUCAACGCGGUGGAAUACCAGUAUCGCUACCUAUUUCGUCCCAGGUCUCACAUCGCUAGCCGGGCAUAUAAUGCCCUUGUCCCUUUCGAAACGUUCGUUGAACUGAACCUUGAGAAUUUACCACCGGGGUGGGUGGAGAAAACGAAUAAGUUUGGCUCAAAACACUAUUUUCAGCCGUCCACCGGAAAUAUACAAUUGAUCAGGCCCACGGGAAGAUUCGAAGAGCUUUCGAGUGGUCACUUCGUAGGGUGGCAAUGCCAUGACGGAUUACCAAUAGAUCUGAAUGACGGCAUUUCUAGAGAACUGGCUCAUGCAAGGUACCUUGACGAGCGUAUACCUGCAGACGAUAUAGAAUCUUCUUUACCCAAAGGGUGGCGCUGGUCGUGCGAUGCAGAUGGUCACCCCACAUAUACCUCCCCGGGCACGGGUCAGGGGUCAGAAGCGUGGCAAAGCACUGUUCAUCCAACUUUUCUCCCUUCUCAUAGUUGUCGCUUACCACCAGGUUGGGAUUACCGCCUUGAUAGCUGGGGUACACUGUUUUAUGUGGACCAUCAUACUGGGACGGCCCAAAGGGUCAACCCAACAGAUGACGGCGUUACCAAUACUGAGACUGGCUUACCAAAGGGAUGGACAAAGAUGAAAGACCAGAGCGGAGCUGAUUAUUAUUUGGAAGAGGCGUCAUUAAUUGCAACUUACAAAGGGAAGGUUAUGAAGUCCAACGACGACGAGCAGAAGAUUGCUCUUUCAAGUAAUCCGAAAAAUGGCGACGUCCUACCAAGGAUCGUAGACAAUCCAGCAGGAGGGCGAGAGGGCUGGCCAGGACAUCGCUCCGCUGGUGACAACGCAAAGUCUUCAUGGAACGUACUCGACAUUUUCAAGUCUUGA